UUAAAUUUUACCUUUCAUAUUCAAAAGAACAAUCCACAACGGAGCAAGAAGCCAAGACUAUUUUUGACUUUUUGCUGUGCAGGCCGCUGAAAGUCGAGUACAUGUAUUAUUGGGAUGUACUGUUGCAUGACAUAUUAGCCGGCUAGCUUGUUUGUGAUGUAUUUAUCCUAAAUGCCAUCCAGUGGAGUAGUUCUGGUACAGAAGCAGGACACUACUUUUACUAGUCGAAAUGGUCGUGUUCGCCAUGAUCGCAAGGUUGUCGGAUGGGUUGCCUCUGUCUGCAUCCACUGAUUUGGAUGAGCAUGAGCGUGCAGCCAGCAGCAAGCGGAAUGGAAAGCUCCUGGCUCGGAAAGUGCGAAGUCUCCCAAGCAACCUGUCAAUGGAAUCAGGAGAAUUUGUGUGGCAUGUCGUUCAAAGCAUGGGAGUGUGCUUCAUGGCAUUGGCAGACUAUGACUACCCGCAAGUUCUUGUCUUCUGUUUCCUGGAUGAACUACAACAUGAGUUUGGUAUGUCUUACGACACGGAGUCUGUGCAGCGAGCUCGCCGUCCCUAUUGCUUCAUUGACUUCGAUGGAUUCCUGCAGAAGUGCAAACAACGCUACCUCAAUCCACAGUCCCUACAUACACGAGUACCUGUAGCGGAGAUGUCAAGACGCUUAGAGGAGCAGCCACCAACGCGCAUGAGUACCGGUGCAGUUUUGGGUUCAGCUGCUGCUUCGGUGGCGGGAUCUUCCACAGCUGCUCAAUCGUCACGAACAGGUCAUACAGAAGGCAAGAAGUCAACAAUUGGAGUGAAGCUUUUAGUUGCUGCCUUUUCUCUACUUCUGAUUUUAUCUGCUCUGUAUCGAUACCACUUAGCCUUGGAGUUUUACAGCGUGGAUAGGCUCGAGUCCGAGAUGCCACUUCUGGAUGUUGUGUGGUCCGUUCUUAGUGUUGCCGUUGGUAGUCUUCUCUUACUUCAGUGUUUCACCUUGGCGUGCUUACCCAGUUGGGCGGUUACUCAUCAGCGCGUGAUCCUCAUACCACUUGUUAUUCUGCUUGCCGCGUUGUGCUGUUUCGGUGACUGGAUCUAUGUCCUGUUGAACAUUUGCAAUGCUAGUAUGUGUAUCGGAGUAGCAGAGCUUACACGAUCUCGCUCCCCCAAGCACCAUACCUUGAAACAAUCUGCCUGAGGCACAUGCUUUUCCCUUUCUCAAAGCUCACGUUCUUUUUUCCAUGGCUAGGAUUGUAUUAUUAUUUUGCUUCUUUAGUGUUCAGAUGUGACAGCUUCUGGACCGUGUCAGGCUGAUUAGUUUUUUUUUUUGCUGGUUUUGCUAUAAUUUGUUCUUUCUAGUCUGUACAUUCUUACUACAUGUGUUCAAUUUUUUAUUAAAGUUUAGGCUGUUGAAACAGUGCUGCAGUUUGCACAUACUCCGCAAAGCAUAUUGUUUACUUGACUUGAACACCCUAUAAUGCUUCCCAACGUUAUUUUACGCAGUGUAUCACUAGCACGUUGUGACAUUGACUUCCCUAGCUACUUCCCUAGCUGCUUUGACGGUGGCAAUGUCUGGAUAAACUUUGAAAAGGAAUCUGUGGAUUGUACAUGGAAUGCACCACGGUCACUCAACCCACUGUAGCUGUGAAGAAAAUGCUGCCAAACGUGGA